UGACGUAAAGGCAGGGCGAGUCCACAAUGCAGAGCAAGUGAACGAAUUGCGGAGAUCGCCGUGUAUCAAAACACUGAUCUGCAUAGGCUAGUUACUUUAAAAUCAUGGAGCAUAUCGGUGACUGAAACAUUCAAACCUUUUAGACUGAAGCAGAGCCUGGAUUACUGGAAAGUACUGUACCUGCAACAUAAACUGGUUGUGUAAAGUGUAAUCCUAUUGGUCACUGAAGCUGGUCGGCAAGAUGGCGGGAAGAGAGCGCAGUCCACGCCACAGGCCAUGGUCUGUGUACCGAGCCAACACCUUUGACUUGUCAUCUGAGAUGAUGGGUUUAGCGCUAACAGGAAACAGUCAGGAUCCUGAUGAGCCAGUGCUUGAGUUCAGUCUGGCAUGCAGUGAGCUAAUCACUCCAUCACUGGACCGUAAGCCCAGUAGCUUUGUAGCAGUGAGUUGCACCACCCCUCCACAGGCAUUUUGGACCAAACAUGCACAGACUGAAAUUAUAGAGGGCACCAGCAAUCCAAUCUUCUUGAGCAGCAUUGCCUUCUUCCAAGACUCUCUGAUUACCCAGCAGACUCAAAUCAAACUGUCUGUCUACGAUGUGAAGGACCGCUCACAGGGGACUAUGUACCUGCUCGGUUCGGCUAUGUUUACAGUAAAAGAGCUGCUUCAAGACAAACACCACAGGCUACACCUCACACUGCGAUCAGCAGAGAGUGAGCGGAUGGGUAACAUCACCAUCAUCGCAUGGCAGAUGGAGGAGAGGAGAGACCAGCGAGCUCCUCUGGCACGUUCUGACACAGUGAACGGGAGGAUGGUGUUACCGGUGGAUGAAAGUCUGACCGAAUCUAUGGGAGUAAAAGCUAAAUCUGCCUCCUUAUGUAAAGACAGUCUUUUAAAGGCAGUGUUUGGAGGCACUAUUUCACGGAUGUACCGAUUUCCCACUACGGAUGGAAAUCAUCUGCGUGUGCUGGAGCAGAUGGCAGAGAGCGUGCUUUCCCUGCACAUACCAAGACAGUUCGCCAAACUACUGCUGGAGGAAGAUGCUGCCAGGGUUUGUGAGCUAGAGGAGUUGGGCGAGUUGUCCCCCUGCUGGGAGAAUCUGAGGAGACAGAUCAUCACUCAGUACCAGACUAUCAUCCUCACCUAUCAGGAGACUCUCAGUAAUCUACACGAAUACAAGGGUCCUUCCUUCAAAUCUAGCUCUCUAAAAGGAGAGAAAAAACUAGAGUUCAUGCCUACAAACCUCCACGUUCAGAGGAUGAGAGUGCAUGGCGAGUCUGGCUACGAUCGCACAUAUGACGUGGUGACCACAGGGGCUCCUGCGGCGCAUCAUCAGGGCUUUAAGGGCAGUGGACUGAGGAAACUCAUUCAGAAAUUUGAGGAAGCCAAAAAGCAUGCGAAUGAGGGUGAAGGUGCUGGUGAGUCAGCUCCACACUCAAUGCGAUACCAGCCACAGGAUGUGGUGAAAGCUAAAGAAAUCAUUUCCCAUAUCAACACUCUAAAGACGCAGGUCAGUUACUACACCGAGCGGCUGUCCCGCGCUGCCAAAGAACGCUCAACCAAUGCACUGGAGAGGACGCUCGCUAUCCUGACUGAAAAGACGCGGCAGCUGGUGACAGUGUGUGACAGUAAGCUGCUAACUACAGCAAUCCAGGCACUGAGUGCUGCGCGCCCAGAGUUCAUCGCAUCCAGAGGCUCUCCGUCCACCCAUGACACGGAGCGUGUGGUCCUGAGGAACGAUCAAGGCUCUCCACAGGCCAAAUGGAGCGGGAAGGGGAACAGAGCAUCCAUGAAUUUAAACUGGCAGGAGGAGGAGUGGGAAAAGAUCUGGCAAAAUGUGGAUAAGAGUCUGGAGUGUGUGAUCCGCUGUGUGGACAGACUGCUGACGAGAGAACGGUUGCAGAGCGACAGCAGUGAAGACGUCUUCUUGUCUGACCAACAGGCCGACAAUAGCAAGAGAGGUAGCCAGGGCAAUGCAUUCUGGAUCAACCCUGGUGACAGGCUCUUCUCCCUUUGCUCCUCCACCGCCCUGACCUCAUCACAACCUCUUUCUGAUCAGUCUUCCUCACCAUCCUCAUCACCCUUACUGAACCCUGCAUGUCCAUCCAGUCCUUACACUCACUCCUAUAGUCCCAGUGUUGAGGGGUCCUCUCCUGGUGAAUGGAGUGAUGCUCUGUAUCCCCUCCUUACCACUCUGAACGAGUGUGUAGCCAUGAUGAGCGACAAAGCCAAGAAGUCCAUGGUGUUUCUACUAAUGCAAGACGGCGCUCCCACUAUCGCCAUGAGUUUGUCACUACAGUACCGCAGAGAUGUGGUGUUCUGUCAGACACUGACAGCAUUGAUCUGUGGAUUUGUGAUAAAGCUGAGGAACUGUCUAAGUGACAGUGGCUUCCUCAGACAACUCCACACUAUUGGCUUAUUGGUCCAGUUUGAGGGUCUCCUGAGCACCUAUGGGGAGGAACUCUCCAUGCUGGAAGACAUGAGCGUAGGCGUCAUGGACCUUCGGAAUGUCACCUUUAAAGUUACACAGGCAACCUCCAGCUUCAGCCCCGAUAUGCUGCCUGUCAUCACGGGCAACAGAGAUGGGUUUAACGUGCGUGUUCCGUUACCGGGGGUGAUGUUUGAUGCGUUGCCACGGGAGAUCCAAAAUGGGAUGCUGUUGCGUGUUCAACCGGUGUUGUUCAAUGUAGGAAUCAAUGAGCAACAAACGCUAGCGGAAAAGUUUGGAGACACUUCGCUGCAGGAAGUAGUGAAUAUGGAGAGUCUAGCUCGUCUUACAUCCUAUUAUGACCAGUUUAAAGAAGUGCUGCCUGAAGACUGUCUCCCCCGCUCCCGCAGUCAAAACUGUGUGCCUGAGCUACUCAAAUUCCUGAGUCAAAAUGUCAAUGCCAGGAAGAGCAAGAAUGUGGACAUCCUGUUGCAGGCAGCAGAGGUUUGUCGGCGUCUGAAUGGUGUGCGCGUGACCAGCUGCAAGAGUGCAAAGGAUCGCACGGCCAUGUCGGUGACCCUGGAGCAAUGUCAUAUCCUCCAGCAGGAGCACUGCAUGGCCCCACAGGUCUUCACCCAGGCCUUGGAUUGUAUGCGCAGCGAGGGCUGCCGGCGAGAAAACACCAUGAAAAACGUAGGCAGUCGCAAAUAUGCCUUCAACUCCCUCCAGCUGAAGACUUUCCCUAGGCAGUACAGACCACCAGAGGGCACCUAUGGGAAAGUGGAGACUUGAGCUGACAAGCAGUCCGCUGUUCUAGCCCGCUGGGACUAGAGCUGCAUGUUUCUCCUUGUUUGCUUUACUUUAUUACCACAUAUCUGAUGGAAAAGUUCGAUUAUGCACAGUCAUGCUCUGGUUAUCAUCCAGAUGAUAUUGUUAAUAUUUUCAGAUCCCCGAACCAAUUCUAUGAACCGUGGCUCUGAGAAGAAAGGAGAUAGGGGAAUAAAAUCACCUGAAAGUAUAAGAGUAGCUUGCUUGGUUGUUGCACUGAAUGCAGGUAAGAAGGCCUGUUAGAAUUUAAAUUACUUUUUAAAAAUAAGACCUUGAUUUCAUUUAUCAGAGCAGUUCCCAAAUAAUCCCAAAUUCAUUCCAUCUGUGUUUAGUCAAUCAUUUCCAGCACCACACUUGGUCUUUGUAUUAAAAUGCAAAGGUUGAAACCAUCAGCACUGAAGUAAAGUUGUGUUUUAUAAUACUUUAGAUUGUAUUCAAAGUUCAGUAGGUUAUAGGUAAUGUGUAUGUGCUGUGGUAUAGUAGACGAUUUGUUCCCAAAGCCAGUUUUAACAUUUAUAAGGGUAAGUCAGGUUAAGUUAGAGAAUCAGUAUAUAGACCCCAUUGUUAAUCAUCACUUCAUUUCAAGUAUACCCAAAACUAGCUGCCUUAAGAGAGUCCACCAUUGCAUUUGUUUAGAUAAAUAUGUAGAUAUUUCGAAAUCUGUGUAUGACUAUUUGUGACGUGGCAGAUUGUUUUAUUUAUUUACCGUAAGACUCUCUCUUUACGAAAGUGUUAGUGCUUUAAUGCAGGCCUUCGCUCUCCUGACUUGCAUUGUACGGGUUGUAGAGUUUAAGAGGACAUGCUUCCUCCUACUGUUGCCAAGCACAGCUAGUCUCUGUACAGUGAGCAAUGCAUACAGUGUGAAUAUACAUUCUUUGUAAGGAAAUAUGUGAGAAGACACUAUUGAUAUGUUCAUUGACUGUCUGUAUGUUUUCAUAGUUCAAAGUUUCUUUGUUGGACGUUUCUAUUGGUUGAUAUGAAUGUCUGUACUGAUCUAAUAAGGAGCAACUGGUCCUACAAUGUGAAGAAUAUUUCUUGAGGUUUUUUGUUUUCUAAAGCAGAGGGAUGCAUUUACACUAUUUAUUUUAUUGUAAUAGUUAUAAGAAAACCGUAAUGUUGCAUUACUGAACAUAUUAAAAUACUCAAUAUGUACCACAGUGAGAAAUCAUCAGCCUUUGUAUCUGCACAAAUAAAUGCACAAAUGGACUGUAAGUUCCUGGUUUGUAUAUUGCAAGAUUGAACUUCUGAAAGCUUAAAUUUGCAAUUUGGGAGACAAGAGCAUGUGUCUUUCUUAACCUCUGCUAAAAACGUUAUUUAGAUUUGAACCAGACGCACUGCAUGGAAGGUAGGCUACUAGUGUUAUUUCAGAUUAUACUUAAUUGCUAUUUUUAAUAAAUAUAUAUUUAAUUAUUUGACCACUUUAAUCAUUUAAUUUAAUAUGUUUCUUUCUUCACUACUGUGAGUGCAAAAGCACUGCUAUGUUGUCAGAGAAUGCCUUUCUAUUGGUCUUUCAGUGUUUUUUUUUUUUUGUUAUUAUUAUUAUUUUUUUGUAUGUAUGCAUGUAUGUUCAAAUACCUUGCUGUACAAAAUGCCACUUUCUUUCCCCAAACUACAGCUUUAAAAUUAAAAUAACAUACCAGCGUAAA